CCAGCUCGCGCCGGCGGUAGGUGAGGACGCCAACAGCAGCCGAGAAACGUUUCUCUUUCCUCUCAGCUUGCGCACACGAUGGCGGCCCCCGCCCAGUCGACUACGCAGCCUGGCGGUGGGAAGCGCAAAGGCAAGGCUCAGUAUGUGCUGGCCAAGCGCGCUCGGCGCUGCGACGCUGGCGGGCCCGGUCAGCUAGAGCCCGGGCUACAGGGCAUCCUCAUCACCUGCAACAUGAACGAGCGCAAGUGCGUGGAAGAGGCCUACAGCCUGCUCAACGAAUACGGCGACGACAUGUAUGGGCCAGAAAAGUUUACAGACAAGGAUCAGCAGCCCUCUGGAAGUGAGGGAGAGGAUGAUGAUGUGGAGGCUGCCUUGAAGAAAGAAGUUGGUGACAUUAAGGCAUCUACAGAGUUGAGGCUAAGAAGAUUCCAGUCAGUGGAAAGUGGAGCAAAUAACGUCGUCUUCAUCAGGACACUUGGGAUAGAACCUGAGAAAUUGGUGCAUCAUAUUCUCCAGGAUAUGUACAAAACCAAGAAGAAGAAGACUCGAGUUAUUCUACGAAUGUUACCGAUCUCAGGCACAUGCAAGGCUUUUUUAGAAGAUAUGAAAAAAUAUGCACAAACAUUUUUGGAACCCUGGUUUAAAACUCCUAACAAAGGGACAUUUCAAAUUGUGUACAAAUCUCGAAAUAACAGUCACGUGAAUAGAGAAGAAGUUAUCAGAGAAUUGGCAGGAAUAGUGUGCACCCUCAAUUCAGAAAAUAAAGUGGAUCUCACCAAUCCACAGUAUACGGUGGUAGUAGAAAUCAUCAAAGCUGUCUGUUGCCUGAGUGUUGUGAAAGAUUACAUGUUGUUUAGAAAAUACAAUCUCCAGGAGGUGGUGAAGAGCCCUAAGGAUCCAUCACAGCUUAACUCAAAGCAAGGAAAUGGGAAAGAAGCUAAAUUGGAAUCUGCUGACAAAUCAGACCAAAACAACACAGCAGAAGGAAAAAAUAACCAGCAGGUACCGGAGAAUACUGAGGAGCUGGGGCAGACAAAACCAACGUCUAAUCCGCAGGUGGUAAAUGAGGGAGGAGCCAAACCUGAACUUGCAAGUCAAGCCACAGAAGGAUCCAAGUCAAAUGAAAAUGACCUCCCAUAGGAAGUCAUUCGGUGUUGGAGGAGCCUGCCAAAACAAAGGCCAAUGUAUAAUGUUGUGACAUCAUAUCUGAUAACCAGAGGUUUGUUAUCUAUACUUCUGGUGCCCCAUCAGUGGUUGUCUCCAUAAGUCAUUUUGCAUUAUUAAAAAAGAAAUCCUGAUGUUGACAUUAUAGCACACUGCUUUCUUCACAGAGAUGCUGAUAUCAAAAACUUGAAGAUACAGUGACGUUUUGAAUAAUGUUACAAAACUGGUUACCUAUGUCAAAGACCCAUUUAUGCAAAAAUGUUUAAAAA